UUUUAAAUGAAAGUUAUUAAAAAAUAAAAUCCACAAUAUCUGAUUUCCUUGCAUCUAAAUACUACUAAACAAAAGUGUAUACUAGUUGUUUGUGUAUAUAAUCUCUCUCUUUCUCUCUAUGGGCUAGAUGAAUGCUUGUUACCUACUUCACUUCCGCAAGAAACACAAAAAAAGCUGAGUUUUACAAAGAAAAAAAAGUUACUUUUGUUGAGAGCCAUGGAGACGCACAAAUGUAAGCUGUGUUGCAGGAGUUUUGAUAAUGGGAGAGCUUUGGGUGGCCACAUGAGAUCUCAUAUGUUGAAUCUUUAUGUUCCAGGCCAGCAUGAUGAUUACGAGUCGAUUCGGUCUUAUUCUGAUGAAGAAGAGGAAGAGGAUAAAGGGGUGUUGAAUUAUGAGCUUAGAGAGAAUCCCAGGAAGAGUUUUCGUGUUGUGGAUCCUGAAUUUUCUGUGGUGGUUCAAGAUAGAGAGAGCGAGUCAGAGUCGUUCAAGAAUGAUGAUCUUGAUCGUGUUCGGAGGUCUAAAAGGAUCCAGAGUUUUGAUCAUGAAAAUCUAGGUUGUGAAUCGAAAAAGUCUAAGUUGAGUAACGAGACGAAUUCUUCAGGUUCUGAGACGACAGAGGAGGAAGAUAUUGCGUAUUGUUUGAUAAUGCUGUCGAGGGACAAAUGGAGAUCACCAAAACGGAUCAAUAAAUAUGUGUCUAUGGAUUAUUUUGAUGCCUACAAUGACGACGAGGAUGAGGAGGACGAGGAUGAGGACGAGGAGGAAGUUGUGAAAAUUAACAAAUCGGGUAACAAGGGUAAAGGGAAGUAUAGAUGUGAGACAUGUAACAAAGUUUUUAAAUCGUACCAAGCUUUAGGUGGUCACAGGGCGAGUCACAAGAAGAUCAAAGCGACGAAUUUCGAAGAAAAUGAGAAAGAUAAUCGAUAUAACAGUAAUGCAAAUGGUGCCGAGGUGAAAAUUCAUGAAUGCCCUGUUUGUUUUAGAGUUUUUGCAUCCGGACAGGCACUUGGUGGACAUAAAAGGUCACAUGGCAUUGGUUUAUCGAAUGGAAUUGUGGCCGCAACCGCUAAAAAUCGAACUCAGUAUAUCUCGCUAGAGCAGGGUCCGGUUAAGGAAUUUUCGAAAUAUGGUGGUGAGACCAAAAUUGAUUUAAAUCUUCCUGCUCCGGUUUGCGAAGAUGAGUUUAGCAGCCAGGUUGAGGUUUCUGCAGUUUCUGAUGCUGAGUUUGUUCAUCCAUCAAGUUGAGUUAGAAAGGUGAAAUUUUGGGGGUUUUUUUAUUUUAUUUUUCCUUAAUAUCUAUAUGGCAUUAUGGAUCAACGGUUUUUUUCUAUUUCGCUUCAUUUCACUUUUUUGGAAAUUGAGACAAAUUGGUAUCAUUUCUUAGAGAGAAAACAGAACAAUUUCAUCUUAUAUUCGCUUAUAAUUUUGUUGCUAUGUUUGUUUUCUCCUUAUGGAUAUAGCAUCGAGGGUGUAAUGGUCAAUGGCUCCGAAGUUGAUAUUUUCUUUGUUCAA